AUGAAGCUCUUCUCCGUACCUGCUUUGCUCCUGCUGGCCAAUUGGGUGCACGCCAGCCAUCCAAUUGGGGCGCAACAGGCCCUCCUCGACGACGACAGCUCUUCUACCUUAUCUGUCCUGGAGCUCCACAAAGCACUGAUCGAACACGAAUCAAUCACGGGCAACGAGCAGAGCGUCACGGGAUGGCUCAUCUCCUAUUUGGUGAACCAGAACUUCACCGUCGAGGCUCAUGAAGUCACUCCUGCGACAUCAUCCCAACGCGCGCGAAAAAACAUCUUGGCAUACGUGGGGCCGCAGCGCAAGACCAGGACAUUGGUCUCAUCACAUAUUGAUACCGUGCCUCCGUUCUGGCCAUAUGAGAGAGUAGGAGACGAGAUAUGGGGUCGUGGGAGCGUCGAUGCGAAAGCGAGCGUAGCCUCGCAGAUCACGGCGGUACAGGAGCUACUUGCGGCCGGCAAGAUCGGUCAGGGCGAUGUAGCUCUCCUGUUCGUCGUAGGAGAGGAGGUCGGCGGAGACGGGAUGCUCAAGGCUAAUGAUAUGGGCUUGAAAUGGGACACUGUUAUAUUUGGGGAGCCUACGGAUCUGAAGCUUGCCAGCGGUCACAAAGGGAUUAUGGGUCUCGAGAUAAAGGCAAAAGGAAAAGCCGGGCAUUCUGGAUAUCCGGAGCUGGGGAAGAGUGCCAAUAGCAUGCUGAUUUCUGCUCUGCAUGCUCUACAGAAUGUCGAGCUGCCUUGGAGCGAGAAAUACGGAAACACAACGCUUAAUAUUGGCAGGAUUGAAGGUGGGGUGGCGGCGAAUGUGAUUGCUGAGGAUGCAUAUGCAAAGAUCUCAAUUCGUAUUGCGGAUGGGACUCCCGCUGUGGUCGAAAAGGUGAUAUUAGACACGCUCCAGAAGACGGGCGAGGAAUUCGAUGUGACCUUCAGCCAGGGCUAUGGUCCGGUUGAUAUCGAUAGUGAUAUCGAAGGCUUUGAAAAGAUCAUUGUUAACUAUGGCACCGACAUUCCUAACCUCAAGGGAGACCACAAGAGGUACUUAUAUGGCGCCGGGUCCAUUUUGGUUGCCCAUUCAGACCAUGAGCAUCUGAAGGUAUCAGACCUGGAGACAGCGGUGGAGGGUUACAAGAAGUUGAUCGAGCACUCACUUAAAUAG